AUGGCAACCAGACAGGAGGAAUACGUGAGUGAUUCUGGCUCUGAUUAUACCGAAUACUGGAUAGAUUGGUUUCUGGGAAGCCGGGGUAACGAAUAUUUCUGUGAUGUUGACCCCGAGUACAUUUUGGACCGGUUCAAUUUAACUGGCUUGAACCGGUAUGUGGAUAAGAUUGGGCUUUUGGUGAAUAUCAUUACAGACCAAACGGAAAUUAGCGAAUCACAGCCUGAGGAGACACGUGCAAUGCUAGAAGAUAAUGCAAAGUUUCUUUACGCUUUAGUACAUGCAAGAUACAUUAUAACAUCAAGAGGGUUGGAUAAAAUGCUUGAGAAAUAUCGCAAUGGUGAUUUUGGAUAUUGUCCUCGUGUGAAUUGCAAACUUACGCCGCUUCUUCCAGUUGGUUUAAGCGAUAAACCUGGUGUUGCGUCUGUUAAACUAUACUGUCCGAACUGCGAAGAUUUGUACAAUCCAAAGUCUUCACGUCAUGCUUCGAUAGAUGGUGCAUUCUUUGGUACAUCAUUUCCGGCCAUGUUUCUUCAAACUUUCCCUAAUCUUGUGCCUACGCACAAUGUGGAAAUGUAUGUUCCGAAAAUUUUCGGUUUUCAAAUGCAUUCUGAGGCUCAGAUGACCCGCUGGAGGGCUUUAAAGUGCGAGCAGAUGCUUUCCAGAUUGGAUAAGAUGGGUAUUGAUUACGCAAAGAAUACUCCGGGUGGCUUUAUUGAGUCUGCCGAGGAUGAAAGAUAUAAGAAGAAGGAUAUGGAUGGUAGGAAGCAGAGUGCAAUAUGA